UUUCUAGACUCUCGGAGCGAGUGCAACACGUCACGACCAAGAAAAGCUACUUACUACCGAUUUCAGAUUAGUUUUAUAGUAUUUAUUAAGUUCCAUUUUAUACAAAAUACAACUCGAAAAUGAGCGGAGUGCAGGAGUAUUACGAGGAGGAGCUGGAGGAACAGGAAAUCUUCGACGAUGGCACGGAAUACACCGAACCGGGGGCCCAGAAGGUGGACAAGCCAUCGAAGGAUGAGAAGAACGUGGCCAAGUGGCUGAAGAAGAACGUAAAGACGAAGAAGACCAAGUUCCUGAGCCACAUCGUCGAGUACUUCACCUCCAGCAAGGCAAUCGAUGCUCUGUUGAAAUCCAAAUUCACUGAGGGCAGCAGCCCACUGUUCACCACCAGGGAGCAGGUGAUCGAGUUUCUGGACGUGAUGCUGGAGCAUAAGUUUUUCCAUCGCGCUAAGAAGGUGCCCGUCACGCUGGAGGAGAUCAGGAGCAAGUCCGGUGGCGACAAGAAGGCCGACAGGGAAAAGAAUCAGGAUAAGGAGAAGGAUAAGUCCAAGGACGACAAGAAGGACACGGAUCCGGAGGCCGAAAAUGGCCAGGGCGACGGAGGUGCCUCUGGCAAUGAAAAGGAGAAAAAGGAGAAGAAAAAGCGCAAGAUCCGACUGGACAUGCAUCCCGAGCAGAUCUUUGUGGACGGUUCCGAGGCCUACGUGUGGAUCUACGAUCCCAUUCCGCUGCACUACUGGAUAUUCGGCUUCAUCCUGCUCCUGGGCGCCGUGGGCAUUUGCCUGUUCCCCCUGUGGCCUCCACUGCUGCGCAAGGGUGUCUACUAUCUGUCCGUUGCGGCGGCCGGCUUCCUUGUUUUCAUCCUGGCCCUGACCAUUAUCCGGCUGAUCGUGUUCAUCAUCGUGUGGGGAUUAACCGGUGGCAAGCUGCACUUCUGGAUCUUCCCCAAUCUGACCGAGGAUGUGGGCUUCUUUGCCUCCUUCUGGCCGCUCUACGAAAGCAACUUUAACAGUGACGCGAAUAACUCGUCCGCCAAGACCGACAAAAAAUCCAAAUCGAAGGACAAGAAAAAGGAGAAGGACAGCGAUGCCGAGGACACAGCUGUAGAUGCGGAUGGGGAUGCUGACGGCGAUGGUGACGUGGAUGCGGAGGUCUCCACACUUGAGCCAGAGAAAAUCGAGCUCAUCAAAGAACACGACACCGACAUGGAGAUCCGCAAGCGUCGCAAGGUGGGAGCCGAUGAGUACGAGGAGGAAGAUGUGGAGGAAGAGGAGCCGCAAACGCAGCCCAAGGACUCCAAAGAUGGAACGCCACGCAACUCGGGAUCCGAUUCGGAGAGCUCGAGUAAAGAUUACGAGAUAAUCAGUUCAAGUGAAGUGCAAAACGUUGCUGGCAACUAGGAUGGAGAAACCACAAUAUAUAUUAAUAUUUAAUGAUCCACAUCUAGCUAAUUGAUAAGACAUAGAACAAGAAUCACACAUCAAGUACAUCAGCACACACACGAUUCCAGGUACAGCGAAUUAUUGUCCCUCAAAAAAGUACGAUGGAUGUCGUAAUUUUUAAUCGAUGUUCGACUAAUCCGCCUUAUGUUGAAUUUAAGUUUAAAGUUUUCCAUUGAAUAUGUAUUUUGGAAGUAGGCGUGCAGACUUGAAUCACAGCAUUUCCUAAUUGCAAUAUGUUGACCCAGAGAAUUGCGAAUUUCUCUGCAGCAGUUGGACCUUGUUUUGCCGCUUAGUUACUCAAGCCGUUAAACAAACUAAAUAUUACUUAUUUGUAUUCCUAUGUUUGUAAAUGUAUACAGUGGAGCACUGGGCGAGUGCAAGAAACGAUUGCAAUUGAUAAUAAUCAUAGCGAGUACGUAGAUGAGAGCGCAUCAUCUUUAUGUGCAUAAAUAUUUACUCUACAUGUAAUUAAAGCGAACUAACAACUUAAAGAAAUUAGUAGUGUAACACGCAAUUAACUAUUAUAUAAAUAAAGCUAGGCAAUUCUGAUCUGAUGUGA